AUGUUUCCGGGAGGUGGUGACUUCUUCAGCACCAUUAUCGUCGGCUUAGGAUACCGGGAGGCGGUGGCUUCUUCAGCACCGCUAUCGGCUUUGAUACCGGGCGGUGGUGACUUCUUCAGCAUCACUAGCGUCGGUUUGGUUUCCUCGGGUUUAUCCCGUUCUUGUCGAUCUACGAAUUUGGUCUUCAUCUUCUACUCUGCCUCUCGAUCUAAUAUCUGGUGCCGCUUUUUGGUUAGCUUUUGUUCCGGAUCUGACUGUGCCGUCUACGGUGCUAGUGCUGGUCUGAAGUCGGAGGAAGAAGGUGGCGUUCGCUAG